GCCGCCCUGGCGCACCUUCUGCCGGCCCCGGCCAUGUACAGCAUGCUGGAGACGGAGAUUAAAGCGCCGCAGCCCUCGGCGGGCGGCACCGGCGGCAACCCCGCUCCGGGGAGCACCGGCAAAGGCACCGGAGGCGGCGGGGCCGGCAGCGGAGCGGGAGCGGGCACGGACCAGGACCGGGUGAAGCGGCCCAUGAACGCCUUCAUGGUGUGGUCCCGCGGGCAGCGGCGGAAGAUGGCCCAGGAGAACCCCAAGAUGCACAACUCGGAGAUCAGCAAGCGCCUCGGCGCCGACUGGAAGCUGCUGAGCGACGCCGAGAAGCGGCCCUUCAUCGACGAGGCCAAGCGGCUGCGGGCCGUGCACAUGAAGGAGUAUCCGGAUUACAAAUACCGGCCCCGGAGGAAGACCAAGACCUUGCUGAAGAAGGACAAAUACUCGCUGCCCGGCAAUCUGCUGGCCCCGGGGGGGGGCAACGCGGUGAGCAGCCCCGUCGGGGUGGGGCAGAGGAUUGACACUUAUGCCCACAUGAACGGCUGGACCAACGGGGCUUACUCGCUGAUGCAAGACCAGCUGGGCUACAGCCAGCACCCGGGCAUGAACAGCCCGCAGCUGCAGCAGAUGCACCGCUACGACAUGACGGGCCUGCAGUACAGCCCCAUGAUGUCCACGGCCCAGACCUACAUGAACGCCGCCUCCACCUACAGCAUGUCCCCCGCCGCCUACGGCCAGCAGCCCUCCACGGCCAUGAGCCUGGGCUCCAUGGGCUCCGUGGUGAAAUCCGAGCCCAGCUCGCCGCCUCCGGCCAUCGCUUCCCACUCGCAGAGGGCCUGCCUGGGAGACCUGCGGGAUAUGAUCAGCAUGUACCUGCCCCCCGGCGGGGAUGCCACAGACCCUUCUUCCCUGCAGGGCAGCAGGUUACACAGCGUCCACCAGCACUACCAGAGUGCCGGGACUGCCGUGAAUGGUACCGUACCACUAACUCACAUAUAAACUUGUGGCUGCUCCGGACGGUUCCCCGUCUUAAUCCUUAACCCCACCACCGCUCCCUGACCACACCGGGACGUACGGCAGUGUUGCUCGGCUUAGCAGACUUGAUACUAACUCUGGAGAAAUUUUAAAAAGGAAAUCCGUUAGUUGUAUUUUUUUUUUUUUUUUUUGGUACAAGAAAUAAUAUUUGAGCAAGUUUGUUUAUUUUAAUAAAGCACAACUCCUGCCUCCUAGAAGCCGCUGUGAAGUUUUCAAACCACGGCAACUCCUUUCCUGGUUUCGGCUAGGCUGGGCACGGUUUUAUUCGCUUAAAACUUUUUUUAAAAAAUCUUGCAUCUUCCAGUUUGAUUUCUAGCCUUGCAAUGACUUAAACAAAAACCGCGGGCUUUUGUUUUUAAAGUCGGUUGUUCACAUAAUGGCUGUGGUUUAUUAAGUGUUUUGU